AAGGGACCGAUGCUCCGGCUCAGGCCGGGAGACGCAAUUCCAAAGCCGCAAAUGAUCCGAAAGUCACUCCGAGGAUCGGACAAUUUUGGACACAUGAUCAACGGAAUGAGACUUCUCACGGGGAUGCAUCCUCAGGUUUCGAUCAAACCAGCGGAUACGGACGGGGACGGGGGGGAAGCAGAGGUUUCAGAGGUGGACCAGGUGGCAGUGUGAGAGGUCGCGGUCGUGGGUUCCCGCCAGUUUUUGGCAGAGGUGGAUUGGCGAUGGCUGGAGGUGCUGCCGCUGGACAGAGAGGAGUGGAACUCGCACCUGAAGAGCCGACGCGAGGGAAGAAAAAGUCUGGAGAAGCUGGGGAAUUGGAGAUGGACAAGUUGUGGGCAGAAAUGGAAGCAAAGGAGCGUGCGAGAGCGGAGCGGCAGGUGGAACAAAAACCGGCUGAGGACAACGAGGCGGAUGCGAAAGAAUCAGUUCCGGCAGAGUCAGCUUCCACGCCGGUUGAGGGAGCGGUUGCAAGCGCUGCUACCACGUCUAAACCUACCGUCAAUGGCGCUAGCAAAGAAAGGGAGCAAAAGUGGGGACACGAGGGUUUCGAAUCGAUGAAAGCUGUGGAUCAAUUUCAAAGCAACAGAGGGUUCAUGCGUGGUCGAGGAAGGGGAAGAGGCGCCUUUGCACCGGUACCUGGUCGAGGUGGCGUUCCAAAUGUCUUUCGCCAACGAUUCCCGCCUGCUUUUCGACCUCCUUUCGGUGCACCUACCGGGCCGAGGUCUGCAGCUGCUCAAAUUAUCCCUGCAGGUUCAGCCAUUCAGUCCUCCUCGGUUUCUAAAACACCCGCCACUCCAUCACGCUCCUCAUCUGCCAAAGCUACGGAAGACUCCCUGACGCAAUCUGGUCUUGACGAUAUGAUUGCGCCAGUCUCUCAGACCGUCACUGUGCGUCUUCCAGGUGGUAUAGAACAGAUUGUCAAGCUUCCUCCGGCUACUACGCAAGCCCAAUCUGUACCUAUCCAGGCCGCUAGCCAAACUGCACCCUCUUCCUCUGCGCCGUCCCCAGUCCCACGACUCAAUAGUUCAGGCGAGUUUGUCCCGCUCUCAAGUCGUACACCCAACUCCAUACCCGAAUUCAUCCCCUCUACCAACCCUUCGCCGGCUCCUCAGGCGAUUCCACAAUUCACCGGAAGCGAUCAUGGGUCCAUCUCAUCCGCUGGCCCAGGUCCAGCCGUUCCGAUCCCUACGCCCGGAUACUUCCCUCAGGGCUUGGCAUUGGGUCCGAAUGGAGAAUAUUUCAACCUCGCUACUGGUCUACCUGCCGAAUACUCCGCCUCCUCCGCGCCGCAACGUCAAUUCUACCCUCAGCAACGAUUUAACCAUCAGUCGAUGCAAUCUCAGCAAUUUUACCCACCCCCUCAAUCCUACUCACCUGAUCACUUUGGUGCAGGGGCACCUGCCGCUCCCCCCAUGAUGAACGGUCGAUCCAACACUUCUACCGGUCCAUCUAACCAUCAACAUCAUCCUUCGAUGCAAAUGAGUGCGGGAUCUUACCCUUCUCCGGCGGGUCAAGGCGUCUACUUUUCGCCUAUCCCACAGGAUGGAAGAGGAUCACCAUUCUCGCCUUAUUCUCCUGGGCCUAUGGGUUCAAGUGCUGCGAAUGGCUUCUUCGCCCCUCCACAAUCGAGAAAAGUGUCCAUCAAAGCACCGACAACCAACUCGGAGGAGGUCCAGGGGAAAGAUGCCCAGGGAUCGAAUCCAAGUGGAGUCAAGCCGAACAGCGAUGCCGCCCAAGCUGCGCAGUCUGCUCAAUAUCUCGCAGCACAGGCGGCUGUAGCUCAAGGAUACAAUCCUUACGCAUCGAUCAAUGGUGGUUAUCCUGGGGAAAUGAUGAAUGGCAAUACUACGAACGGAAUGAUGAGCAUGAACGGAGGAGGUGGUCAACAUGGGAUGUAUUAUAAUCAAUGGCAAGGUCAAGGUGGUGCUGGUAUGGGCGGGGGUCAACCAGAGUAUGGAUAUGCCGAGUAUGGCUAUUGAGUAGGACGGAGUUGCAUGCUGUUACUAGUAGUGCUUUUGUGGCGUGUUGUUGCGCAUGAUAGGAAGAGAUGUAAAAAGAUGGAGAAAGAGUCAGUCCCCUUUGGCCGCCGCACCGGAAUCU